AUGGCUGUCAUUGGGUACCUCGUAUUUUGCUUUUCGCCAACUUGACAGUCUUGGGUGGUUUUGACAUCCGCUUGGCGAGAUUUAACAUAUUUUUGUUGAAAACAUUUGCAACGGCAGGUUUCACGUCGGGAAUAAACUUCGGUCAAAGCGCGAGUAUACUGAGGAACGCAAUUAACACGGAUUUCUACAAGGAGCUUGGCCCGGUUGUUUGGAAUUGUGCACUAGGACCAACCCUCGAAGCAGACCGUAUAGCUCGUGUACACUUUGAUAGGUCUUGCUUGUAACCGCGGUAGUACGGGAAAUUUCUAAUCGUUUAAGCGACUUAAAAGGUUUCACAGUUCGCGAACUGCUUAAAGUGAAAAUCGGUGUGCAACUUGUGGCCUGAACUCGCGCCUCGCUCCUUGGGCACUUGCUCUGAUGGCAGGACAAUCGAUAGCAGAAAAUGAAAUGAAGGCCACGGGCUAGACGGGAUUAGCCUUUCUGUGCCAACGAUAGCGGCCGCGUUGGUUUCGUGCCAGUUGCCCUCCAGCUGAUUCAAUGUGAUAAAUAAGCGCCACAACGUCGCGGAUCAGUGUUGGAAUUUCGAUAAGCGUCCAAGGUCCAAAUAGCAUCUGAAGUAACCCGAAACGAGCCAACGAAAACGCAUCGGGGCGUAUAUACGUAAAUUUAGUCACAACUCAAGCCUUAUUGCAUCGAGGGCGUAAAAUAUGUUGUGAUAUUUUAUCACAAACUCAAUUUAUUCUCGAAUCAUACAACGAUUGAUUUAUAUUCUAAUCAGUUGGAAGCAAUCUCUUAACUGAAAGAUUUCACGUGAUGCUGGGUGGAAUCAAUUGAAAUAUACUUAUGUUGGUGGAUACUGUCGGGCAGGUUAUUGCCUCUGAGGUGCCCGUAAGGCUAUCGGCUGCUGAACUCAGGGCAAUGGCAUUGCGACAGCAGCAACAAAUUGACUCGCAGCAUCAGUUGCUAGCUGCUAAAGAGCAACGCCUGCGAUUUUUAAAGGCUCAAGAGGCGCGAAAUGUGGCGUCGGUUGCAGAAGAGGAGAAGCUCAGACGAUUACGGGAGCGUGUAGAAGCUCAGGAAAGUAAGUUGCGGCAAUUGCGGGCGCUGCGAGGACAAGUUGAUCUGCAGAAAACUUACAACGUUACAUUAAACAAUGACCUGGAUUCAAUACGUGCAUUGUUUAGUGAAAAAGAAAAAGAACUCAGUCUGGCAGUGGCAAAAGUUGAUGCACUUACAAGACAGUUGGAAGAACUGCGACGGGAUCGUAGAGGCACAAUCAACAUAUUGUCCAGCACUGCGACUGGGUUAAACCAGCAAUAUAAUUCACCAUCUAUAAGAGAGUUGGAGAAGCUAAGGAGAGAACUAAUGUACCGCAACCAAUUAUCUCUUCAACAAGAUGCACGGUUACAUCUCCAAAGAGAAGCCCUUCAACAAAGGCAAGCUGAAUUGAAAUCCGUCGACCAACGUAUUAUGGAGUUACAGACGCGGUUACAGAAAAGAAAAGCUUCAAAUUUAGUUCAAACGAAUGCACCUAGUAUUCCAACCGAGCAAACAAUACAGCAAACCCCAAACCAAGCGUUACUACUGCAGCAAAGUUCGAGGAACAGAGACAACAAUAAAAACGCAUUAAAUGUACGACCAUCCAAUAGUGUAUAUCCUUGUCAGCGAGUAGUGCCGCGUGGAAACAUUGCUGCAGUGGAGCCGUUUAUCCACACUCCGCAAAAUAAUUCUGCUCAUAUGUCGUCUGUCUCUAACGCUGAAGUGACCAAGCAAUCUCUAAAUAAGGCGAACGGAAAUCUCGAAAAUCCUCUGGCACAAGGUUUCAAAAAAUUAAAAUUGAACUUACACCCUACACAAUCUAAUAGCAAUGUGUUGAGUUCUGCUGAAAGUGAUGAAAGCAAACUCGCUCAACAGAAAUUAGUCAUGAAAUUCAGUGACUCGAAUGAUACAGCAAGUUCAACUGCUCAGGAUGCUGACAAUCAAUUUUCGACCAACGCCGAGAUUAAUGAAUGCGACAGUGAUAAAGCUGGAAAAGUCGGACAGGGACGUGACUUGAUAGCCGACAAAGAGAAUACUCAGCUGACAGUGUAUAGUACUCCUUUAGAUGCUGCGAGUAAAUCAAUCGCAACUGCUGUAUCUAACACUGCACAUUUACACGUCGGAAAAGCACAUAGCUAUGAUAUUAACGAAAAUAAAACAGCUCUCAAAUCCAAGGUUUUGCCACCAAUUCCUUCUGGAAACUUGGUAGUUCCCCCUCGGAAACCCAUUAGUAGUGUUGCUCCAACUUCAAUAACUCAGACAUUAUCAAAGAUUAACAAGCCGAAAAUCAACAUGGUGGCUCCCAGUGUAAUAUUGGCCUCUGAUGCAGACAAAUCAAGGCCGGCUUUGCCGCCUAAACCUAAUAAGUCACUACAAUCAUCGUCCGAACAUUCCAGCACGUUACCCACAGUGGUAAACAUUAUAAAUAAAGUACCGGCGCCUGAAGCGAUGGAAACAAAUUCGCCAGUAGGAGCUUCUCACAUUCCGACAAGUGUUGACAACCAACCAAUAAAAGCAAGACCUUUGACAAUAAAGAAGCAGCCGCUGUCUGAACAGCCCAAAUUGAAAUCUUCGUCUGCCGGCAUUAAGCCGUUGCAGUAUAAUGCAAAGAGAAUAGAAGUGUCUCAAUCCUUCUUACUUCAAGAAAUGGAAAACGAUGGAUCAACUGAGAACGACGGAUCUCAGCAAUCAAAUGAUACAAUUACUAAUGAAGAACUUCAAAGAUCAGUGAAUUCAUCUGCAACCAGUGAGGAAAAGACCCCCGAAGACUCGAGACGAAGAAGCAAACAUAUAAUGAGGGACCAGAGUAAACUGAAACUAUCGCGAAGAGUUAGCUUUGAUCCGUUGGCGCUGCUUUUAGACGCCAGCCUAGAAGGUGAACUAGAAUUAGUUAAGAAAACCGCAAUGCAGGUUGCAAACCCUAGCGCAGCGAAUGACGAGGGAAUAACCGCCUUACACAAUGCGAUAUGCGCCGGUCAUUUCGAAAUAGUGAAGUUUCUCGUCGAAUUCGGUUGCGAUGUUAAUGCUCAAGAUUCUGAUGGAUGGACACCUCUGCACUGUGCUGCAAGCUGCAAUAAUUUAAACAUGGUUAAGUUUCUGGUUGAAUCGGGAGCAUGUUUGUUUGCAUCGACACUAUCCGAUCACGAAACACCAGCAGAAAAAUGCGAAGAAGAUGAAGAGGGAUUUGACGGUUGCUCAGAAUACCUAUACAGUAUCCAAGAGAAAUUAGGAAUACUCAACGGUGGCGAAGUGUAUGCAGUGUUUUCAUAUGAUGCCCAACAGGGUGAUGAGCUCAGCUUUUCCGUGAAUGAUCAUUUGAUCAUUCUUCGAAAAGGCGAUGAUGCAGAACGUGAAUGGUGGUGGGCAAAAGAUAGAAAUGAUCAAGAGGGCUACGUACCACGCAAUUUACUUGGGCUCUACCCACGAGUAGCAAUAGAUAGUUCUGGAACGUCGGACUAGCGGUCGUUUCAAUACUGUACAAUUCGCCAAUCCGGGAAAAUUACGCGAAAAUUGUACGUAUCUCAAUACAUAUAGAAGAUAUGCGAACGGCUCAUAGCUUGUAAGUGUUUCUCGAAUUCUCAAAAUAAAGGAAGAAUCUAAAUUGCCAUAGACUAGGAAAAUGUAAUAUAUACAUUCCUCGUUCGCAUAUGACCGUAUUUAUACUCGAAUAUUUUGUUAAUAUCUCUAAGUACUAGGCAUAAAGUUGUUAAGACUCAAUUUAAGCAUUUAAUGAUUUAUGUAUACACAAAAUAUUUAGGUGCCUGAAGAAAAAAGAAACUGCUUUUAUUUCAAAUUGUGAUGAGGAGUGACAAUAUUUAACUGUAUAUAGAACUACUUUAAAGUGCAAAUUUCUUUACAUCAAAAUUUUUAUGAGAAUAAGCAAUUCGAUGGUCUAAUCGUACGAGUCUAUCUUAAUAACACAUUCACGUAUCACGAGAACUCCACCACUUUGUGCAUAAUAAUUUAAAUAAACAACACACUCGAGAUUUAUAGUUAUGGUCCUAUAAAUGUUUCGUAAUCAAAACUGGGCACCAUUUAACAUUCCAAUGCAAAUAUGUAGUUAUAUUGCCCCUGGGAGGAUAAGUGCAAUCGAGGAGACAAAGUAGGGGGGGCUUUACGAGUAUUUAAUUUUAAGAUCUGUCAACAUACGAUAAACAUACAGAUAUACACGCAUGAAUAUAUGAAUAAGAGAUAUAUAGGAUAUUUAUUUUCUCGAAUUGUAGCCUUCAUGAAUAUUCUUCAAAAUAUUUUAUCUUAUAUUUGCACCAAAAGCGACUCUCAAGACUCUAUUAUAAUGAAAUUUUUCAUACAAACGUUUUUGUGGUAAUCAAUGUUAAUAGGUAGAUAAAAUCUAUAAGAAAAAUAUUAUCAAACUAUGAAUAUUAAAAGAACUUGUUAUCUUAUACAUA